UGUCCUUCUCUGAGAGAGGAAAAAAAGUUAUGUUGCGGAGGAAAAAGCAACGAAUUUCUCAUAAAUUCACUGAGAAACCGGAUCUGUUCGAUGGAUUACCAGAUGAUCUUGUAAUUUCCAUAAUUUCGAAGCUCGCUUGUUCCGCUUCGUCUCCUCCUGAGUUCAUCAGCAUUCUCCUAACAUGCAAGAGAAUAAACCGAUUGGCUGUUCAUCCUUUGGUUUUAUCAAAAGUUGGCUUUAAAGUUUUUGCCCUCAAAGCUCGAAGCUGGUGCGAUUCGGUUCAUCGUUUUCUCAAACAAUGCGUUAACGCCGGCAACGUUGAAGCUUGUUAUACUCUCGGCAUGAUCCGAUUUUACUGCUUAGAAAACCGAAGAAACGGGACGUCGUUAAUGGCGAAAGCAGCAAUCAAAUCCCACGCGCCAUCUCUCUACUCGCUUGCAGUUAUACAAUUCAACGGAAGCGGUGGCUCGAAGAAGGACAAGGAUAUCCGCGCUGGAGUAGCCUUAUGCGAACGAGCCGCUUUCCUCGGCCACGUGGACGCACUGCGUGAACUCGGCCACUGCUUACAGGAUGGUUACGGCGUGCGCCAACACAUACCCGAAGGACGCCGGCUACUCAUCCAAGCCAACGUGUGGGAACUAGCGUCUUCUUUAAACGCCUUAGUCCAACGAAAACCUCCGGAACUAUACCAUCGUCGUUCAAACUAUCAACAUAACAGUUUAAAGACAAGUUCAGGUUGUCCGUUGUUAAGUGAUUUCGGGUGCAACGUACCCGCACCAGAUGUCCACCCUGUGAACGUGUUCUUAAAAGAAUGGUUCGAGUCUGGUGAGGCCGAGUUAGCGCAGGGGCUUAGGCUUUGUUCCCAUAAACGGUGCGGGAGGCCUGAGACGAGGGCUCAUGAAUUUAGGAGGUGCUCCGGUUGUGGCAUGGUGAACUAUUGCUCGCGUGGUUGCCAAGCGCUUGAUUGGAAGCUGAGACAUAACGGGGAAUGUGGGCCGAUCGGACGAUGGUUUGAAGAAGUUGACGGUGGAAUGGAGGAGGUUGUGGAAGCGGAAGAGUUAGCUAUUUAAUUAUUAAGGAUGCGUUUGGUUUACGGAAU